CUAUGGUACAGUGUGCAACGACGAGAGUUUUCAGCGAGGGAUACAGCAGCAGCAGCGGUGUGUUUCUAGCCGCAGCAGCCGGCUUGCUCUCGACCUCGGCAGCAUCAUCAGCGGCGGCGGCAACCCUUUUCGUAGCCGCACCCUACAGCAGUGCGAGCAGCGCUUGUCUCUCCUCCGCCGCUGUCAACUCGUGUUGCAGCUGGAGAAGCAGGUUCCUUAGAACUUAUCCCUUGCACCGCCGGGCUCGUACUCCUAGUACAUCGCGUUGCCUGUGGCAAAGCCUACGGAGUGCAGCGAUGGCAACGGAAACAGGAUACGCCGAGGAAGUAGCAACGCCAGGGGCGGCGCCGCCUGAACUGGUAGCUGGGGCAAGCGAUUUCGAGACGUUCUUUGGGGCAUACAGGAUCCGACCCAGGCGCGAGUCGGAGAGCCUGAUGGACGCCAGCUGGCAGGAUGUGUUGGUGCUUGACGGGCAGCAAGAAGGAGAAGAGGAGAGGGCACGACACGCUGCUACUCUUGCCGCUGCUGCGGUCAACGGCGACGGCACUCACGCUCAUGCUGGCGCGGACAACAGAGUUCUGAUCGUCGAGGACUUGGAAGCAGACGGCGACGUUCUCGGCUUCUUUGGAGCACUGGACUCGCCCACCGCCACCGGCCCGACUCUCGAUACCUACAUCUGUGUGCGCACCGGGCGCGAGGUAGACCGACCAACGACCAGGCUUCUCACCAGAGCCCUACACGGCUGGCUCAGCGGUCCGGCGGCGGCAGCUGCAGCGACGCGUCGAGAUCGGCUCGGAGCCCUAGCGGGCACGGAAGAGGCAGGGCGGCCAGCAAACGAGGAGGAGGAGGGGGAGCUAGUCGACUGGGUUGACACGAGAGGGAGGGUUAUCUGCGCGCUGCCCAGGCCGGUGGUGCACUCUAACAAUGUGCUUCAUCGCGGGGCUGGGGUUAUGAUCAGGGACGCAAAGGGAGAGGUUUACUGCCAUCGUCGAACGUCAACAAAGAGGGUGUUCCCUUCCAUGUACGACAUGUUCAUCGGCGGGGUGUCGGGCACCAUGGAGCCGCCGCUGACCACCGCGCUUCGAGAGCUCGGCGAGGAGCUUGGGCUAGGCCCCUACGGCAACAGCGGCAGCUCCCCUGAGAAUCAAGGGGACGACGGUCUGAAGACUACCUCCAUGCGGUAUCGGGGGGAGUGCCUGGUUCAGACGGGCCACAAUCGCUGCUUCGUGUCUGUGUUCGACUACCGCGUAGUCGCCGGGGAGACGGUGAAGUGGCAGGAGGACGAGGUGGAGUGGGGGAGCUACGUGCCGUGGGAGGAGGUUGUGUCCAAGGUAUCCGAGGGGGAAUGGGAGUUUGUUCCAGAUGGACUGCAGGUUUGGCAACACUACCUCGAUUGGGAAGCGGCGUGA